AUGGAUAAAAAAACUACUAAUAAUAAUUAUAAUAAAAAUGAAAAUGUCUGUAGAGAAUCUAUUAAUAUACAGGAUAUAAGAAUUAAUCAAGAAUCAACAUCAAAUUGUAAAGCAGCUGCAGCUAUACUAACUUUAAUACAAUUUAUAACUUCUAUUAUUCAAGUUUUGGAUAUCACAUUGAAUCUAAUUUUAAAAAUUCACUUAUUUAUCCAUUAUGAAGUACUGAUUAGUAUGUUUGUUUUAUGGACACUUUCAAUGAUUUGGUUAAUCUUUACAGUAGUAAUGUUUGCUGGAAUCAUUUUUAAUAAUGAUUUUUUAAUCCUGUCAUUUCUUUUAUUUAAUAUUAUAUUCACAUUAAUAUCUUUUGGAUUAUUAAUAUUGUUACUUGUUGAAAAAUCAAAUAUUUAUUCUAUAAUUUACAUACUUUUUAUUUUUGUUGUUCUCCUAUUAACUACCAACUAUUCAUGGUCUUUUUUCAAUGAAUUAUGUGAUGAAAAUGUCAUUUGA